UGAAGCUAUAGGGGUUUGCCAGGCCUCGAAGGCAAUGUCAGGAGCUGCCUCAUCACCAACUUACAUUGCCUUCGAGGCCCGUCACGCUGGCAGACGUCUGCAUCAAUCCGUCUGUAUCAUUCAUCGCCCGAAGUUGAUGUAGCACUGCCAACUGUUUGAUAUGGGCAAUGACGACUGAACAGCCGAAAAGGUAACCAAAAGGGCAGGCGCAGAUCAUCCGUCAGCAGGCUCUGUGGUGGUGAUUGUGGAUGGCAUGCAUUCUCAGGUCCACCUAACAUCAUACCAGCACAGCAUCUGGACAGAACCGCACACAACCAUCUCCGUUCCGCACGGGUACGCCCAACAUGCGGUGUGGUGUUUUUAUUUUCACCCUGUGUGAUUUCUCUAUCGGUGUUACUACAGGGCAGAUGGCCUAUUCAUCGUCAGUGACGGCCGACGUGUGGUGCGCUCACGUGGUGCCCUGCCUCGACGCGAGCAGCCUUGCUGCACUGGCAGCCACCAGCAGGGCUCACACCUCUCUGGCCAUUGACACGUUCUCGGCCCGCAUCGACGCGUCCCUCACCCGCAACUCCCUCGAUGGCCUCAUCGACAUCGAGCGGGGUGUUCUGGGGUACCUGAUGCGCUGCUACUACUCGCUGCGGCGCCGCAUGAGUCGGUUGCUGCUGCUGGUAUGUCUGGCCCUCAUGGUGGUCACCGUGGCUGCCUUGGCGCUGCGACGCAUGGCUUCCCUCUCCCUCAGCUCGCUCGGCGGACUGAUCGGCCUCUUCUUGCCCGGUGCGCUUGUCGGUCGAUUCAAGGGCAUUUCACGCCACCAGCUGCGGCGCUUUGGCUACCUGUCUCGGGUGGCUUAUCUGCUGGAGCAAGGCGACAGUGAGUGGCGGCGGAUCGGCCGGGUCAUCCAACUGGCCUUUACCCUCGGUCUCUUGACGAUGCCCCUCCUCAUAUCGCCAGAGUGUGUGGCGGCUCUGCUGUCCACCAGGGGCGCCUUCCGUCAGCCUGUUGUGAUGGCCCUAUAG